AUGUAUCCAUCAAACGAAAAUAAUCAAACAUCGACACCUGAUGCAACUGUCUUCCGUCCACCGUUACAGAUAUCACAACUUAUUAGCGAAAAUGAAAACGAUCAAAUUUUAACACCUGAAAGUGUAAAUUCUGAAAUUCCAUUUUUAAACCAAUCACAACUUAGAAACGAAAACGAAAAUGAAAAUAAUCGAAUAGCUACAUCUGACAAUGUAAUUUCUGAAGCUUUAUUAAGAACACCAGUUACACGUAUUUCAAAUGCUAUAGUAGAAAGUGUAGCAUCCAGCUCUUCUUCUAACACAAUAUAUUCAGAAACUCGGUCAUCUCAACUUGAUUUAUUGGUAUAUAAUGCAAUAAUUACAGAUGAUGUCCAAACUCUCGCAAAGAUUUUAGAUGAAUAUCCUGAUUAUGAUUUAAAUCGUUUUAUUAAUCCAAGUAAUUCAGAAAAUACUGAUAGAAUAAAAGAUAGUGGCAAGACACCUUUGAUGAUUGCUGCUUCUUUAGAUUGUAAAAAUACUGUAAAUUAUUUGUUGAAAUCGAAUGUUGAAAUCGAUUUACAAGAUGAAUCUGGUGAAACUGCUUUAUUCCAAGCUGCUGCUGCUGGAAAUGCAGAUGUGGUAAAAACUCUGCUAAAAAAUGAUGCAUCCGUUGAUUUAUCAAACAUUAGUAAUGUAUCACCACUUAUGAUAGCUGCGUAUCAUGGGCACUCCUAUGCUUGUAGGAUGUUGUUGGAUCGUGGACGUGCAAACAUUAAUCAAAAAGAUACGACUGAGAAAACUGCCAUUGCAUAUGCUGCUCAUAAUGGGCACGGGCUUGCUGUGGAAACUCUUUUGAUGAGAGGUGCUAACAUUAAUAUUGUUGAUAUGUACCAUUGGUCACCUUUAAUGUUAGCGGCGUAUAAAGGACGUGCAAAUAUAGUCCGUCAAUUACUCAUAGCAGGUGCUGAUAAUGCUUUAAAGACAGUUAAUGGGAAAACCGCUGCUCAACUUGCGCUUGAUGGUGGCUACCUACAUGUUUCUGAUAUGAUAGAAAAUUUCAUUAUGCCUGAACCUAUUAAUUCACGAGAGUCAAAAGUUUUAUCCGAUUCAAUUCUCGAAAAAGGCACUUUUAAUAGGAAAAGUAUUCAAAUAUCUGCACAAUUUUCCCCAAGAAAGAGUCAUUUUUCUAUUAAUAAUAGUCGACAAAUAAGAACUUCUUUAAAGUUAAUCGCAGAGAUGUCACCCAGAGAAGAAAAUACUUGGUGGGUUUAUUUAUCAUGGAUAUUAUCGUUUAUGGUUUUAGACAAAUUCUUAAUUAAAUUUGGAGGAAUGGAUAGUCCACAAUUACGACAAGCUUGGAGAGAAAAAUUCGCAUUAUGCGUUGUUGUAGCUUUCGCUUCUGUAGGAGCUGCUUUAUUAACAUUUGGAUUCAUAGCAAUAGGUUGUACUGAGUCACCACCAAUACCAAAUAACUUGAUUAAUGAAUUUUGGGGUAAUUCAACAAAUUCAAAUUCAAAUGAAAAUUUGGUCAUGACAAUUCGUGGAAAAAUUUAUAAAACUGGUGGUUUUUUUAAAUCAGGAUUUCAUCGUCCAAUCUUACCAGAGACUGAUGACUCGUUAUCUACGAUUAUUAAUCCAUUAUUUGGAAAAGAUAUUUCACAAUUUUUUCCAUUGGACAAUGAUGCUAUUGGUUGUAGAUUUCGUCCUGCAAAUGCGGGUUCAAAUUUAUGUCCUUUGUUACCGAAUGAUUCAAAAUAUCAUUGUCAUACUUCAAAAAAUUCAAUGCGUACUUUAGAAUCUUUAUCAAUUAAUAAUUAUGUUGGAUUUUCAUGGGAUGAAAUAAAAUCAAGUUCUAGUGGUAAAAAAUUAUUAGUCAAUAACAAUUUUGUAUAUGAUUUCACAUCAUAUCUUGAUCCAUCAAAUACUGAUUAUUGGUUAGGUGAUGAUAAAAACUUUACACGAACAUGGAUAGAAAAUUUGAUCGGACGUGACGCUACUUUAGAAAUAGCUGAUACAGAUCUUCAUGAUGAUGUGGUGAAAUGUUUUGAUAACUUUUUAAUAGGAAAAGUUGAAGGAAUUCCAUACGGUUGCGCAUUAACGAAACUACUCGUCGUGGUACUAACUUCUGUGACAACAUUUUAUGUGUUAUUAAAAUUAUUAUCAGCUUUUGUUUAUGAUAUAUACCUUUCAAGAAAACUCGGUAAACCUAAACCAAUGUCACAACAAGAAAGUCCAAAAUAUAUGAUAGUAACAGUUCCUUGUUAUAGUGAAGGUCGAGAAUCUUUAAAGGCUAGUUUUGAUUCAUUGGCUGCAACGGAUUACUCGGAUCAACAUAAGUUGUUUUUCAUAGUUGCUGAUGGUAAUAUUACUGGAAGUGGAGAAACAGAGUCUACACCAGAUAUUUUAAAAAGUCUUAUCGUACCUCUUGAUAACACAAUUCCAAAACCGGCAAGUUAUAUAGCAAUUGGUCAAGGAGCUAAACGUCACAAUAUGGCACAAGUUUAUUCAGGAUAUUAUCAUUACGAAAAUCGACGUAUUCCUACCAUUCUUGUAAUUAAAUGUGGGACACCGGCAGAAAAAAAUUUACCUAAAGCUGGAAAUCGUGGUAAACGUGAUACACAAUUGAUAUUAAUGAAUUUGUUGAAACAUGCAUUUCACAAUACGGCAAUGUGUGAAUUAGAAUUUGAAAUGUUUGAGAAAAUUAGAAAGUUAACAGGAGUGACAGUAGAUCAAUAUCAAAUAGUGUGUAUGGUUGAUGCUGAUACUAUUGUUGAAGAAAAAAGUAUAAGUAGAUUGGUGGAAUGUAUAAAUCAGGAACCAACUAUUGUUGGAAUUUGUGGAGAGACUAAGGUUAUGAAUAAAACUGAAAAUUGGGUCACUAUGAUUCAGGUCUUUGAAUAUUAUAUAUCACAUCAUCUUGGAAAAACUUUCGAGUCUAUAUUCGCAUGUGUGACAUGUCUUCCUGGUUGUUUCUGUAUGUACCAAGUCUACUCUUACAAUGAUGAAGGCUAUAAAAUUCCACUCUUGAUCGACGAUGCCAUUAUGACUAAUUACACGGUGAAUGAAGUUGAUACGCUACACCAAAAAAAUCUUUUCCUCCUUGGUGAGGAUCGUUACUUAACUACUUUAACCCUUCGAGCAUUUCCAAAUUUAAAAACCAUGUAUUGUUCAGGAGCAGUCUGUAAAACUAUAGUUCCCAACUCAUUUUCAGUAUUAGUUUCACAACGCCGUCGUUGGAUAAACGGUACAAUUCACAACCUAUUUGAACUAGUAGUAUCUUCAGAAUUACCAGGAAGAUUUUGUUUUUCAAUGCAAUGCGCAUCAUUUCUUGAUUUGUUUGGAACCUUAACGUCACCAUUUGCUAUAAUGUUCACAGUAUACCUUGUUAUUGGAUUAAUAUUUGGUCAACCAUAUGGUCUACAGGUUGGCAAUGCAGUGGCAACUUAUCUUGCUACGCUUUUUUUGAUAGUAAUUGCAGGUUAUAAGCCGAUAAAUGUUCUAUGGUUUUUGGUUUAUUUAUCAUCUGUACCGGUUUGGACAGUUAUUUUACCUCUAUAUUCAUUUUGGAACUUUGAUGGUGCAGAUACUGGUCAUGACAGUGAUCAAACAUUCGAUAAAUUUGAUCCAAGAAAAAUUGUAUUUAAAAGAUGGGAUGAAUGGAUACUUUAUAGAAGCUAUAAAAAAUUACCUCAAUUGGCUCCAUUACACGGAAAAUAUUUGAAUCCACUACCUAUUACAAAUGAAUGA